AUGCCGACCAUCUCGGUGACGGCUGAUGCCUUGAGCUACCGUGAGGUCCUCCUGACCUGCGUUCAAGCCUCCGAAUGGCAGAUGGCCUUGCACCUCCAGGAGCAGAUGCACCAGCAAUCCUUACAGCCAGACGUGGCCAGUUACAGUGCCUUGCUCAUGGAAUGUCAGCAGAGGGCACUGGAGCACGAGAUUCCCUUGCUGCAGUCCUUGACAGCCUUGAGCGAAGGUGGACCCAAGAGCACCGAGGCCGAGGCUUUCUGGUCAGCAGCUUUAGAUGUCGCCACAGCUGUAGUGCGAGGAAGUGCCAGCUUCACGCCAGAGCUGCAAAGGCUCCGUGUGAGCGCUGGCUGGGAAGGCCCAGUGGCUGGGCCCUACGGGAAGGAACUCGAGCUUUUACGCUACGUGCUGCUGAAUGCGGAGCCAGGU